GGCGUGCGGCGUGUAUGCUGCCGACGGGGCGCGAGGGACGUUUGCUGGGCUCAUUAGCAUCGUUCUGGAAGGAAGCAGCGGGAAAUCUUCCUGUCUUGGUCGUUCUGUGGCGUGCUUUAUUUUUAUGAGGCAUGAUCGAUGAUCGAACAGGCGACCUGCUGCGGCUGAACGCACGAUAUUCAGGAACGACGAGCGAGUUUCUCUGUCAGGCCCGACCGGCGCGACGACUGGGGUGGCGGCGAAUUCGAAUACACACACACACUCACUCAAUCGCACAGCCAGCCACACAUACACACACACACACACACACACACACACAGAUGUGUAGAGAGAGAGAGAGAGAGUAUGAGUGCCAGGGUAAGGAAUAAGGGAGGCAGAGGCGUGUGAAAGGUGAGAGAUAGUGUUGGCUGGUAGUUCUCUGCUUGCGGCUGUAUGCUUCAGCGAGGGAGAGGAGCAAUCAGUCAACCCGCCAUCCAGUCAACCAAUCGACCCAGCGACCAAUUAACAAACCAAGCAAUCAAGUAAUUGCAAUCAGCUGACGUGGAGCGGUGAAUAGGUCCUCACGAAGAUGGCGAAAAGCUCAUUUAAGCAAGAACACGCAUUAGAAAAGAGGCAAGCGGAGGCAGCGCGGAUCCGAGAGAAGUAUCCCGACAGAAUACCUGUUAUUGUUGAAAAAGCGGAAAAGAGUGAUAUUCCAGACAUUGACAAGAAAAAGUACUUGGUCCCGGCUGAUUUGACGGUGGGGCAGUUUGUAUAUGUCAUAAGGAAACGCAUCAAGUUGAGUCCCGAGAAAGCGAUCUUUAUAUUCGUCGAGAACGUUCUUCCGCCGACGGCUGCCUUAAUGUCUGGCAUUUACGAGGAUCACAAGGACGAUGACGGGUUCUUGUACAUAACCUACAGCGGCGAAAAUACGUUUGGCACGGAAUUGCGGCAUCAGGAGGUGUCUUAAGUGACGUCAUGGAGAGUGCUUGCGGGUCAAGUACGCGCCAAUCGACAGAUGGAUGGAUGGUAGGUAGAUGGACAGAUAGAUAGAUGGCCGCGUCGUGGAAUGAAGUUUGAAUGCAUGCGGCGGCUGCUGCUUCCUCGACCCCGCUGACGUGGCGAUUCCUCGACCCCGCUGACGUGGCGAUUCCUCGACCCCGCUGACAUGGCGAUUCCUCUGCCUUGUGAAGUCCACCGUUUCGUGGUGCUAUUGUUUGCUGCAUCGCCUUCUCGCUUCUUAGUUUGUAAAUACAGAGAGAGAGAGAGAGAGAGAGGGCAGCUGAAGUAAUCACUCCUCCUGAUGAUGGUUUCUUUGCAUGUUUGCUGCCGCUUUAUGAACACCGAAGUUGUACCCCGGCCCGGCCGUUGAUUUCUUUAUUAUCGUCAGCAGGAUCGCGGUAGGGAAAAGAUGCAAAGAGCUCUGAGGGACGAGGAGCUCGGUCAUUGAAGCGGAGCGGAGGUGUGUAUUGUCUUGUCUGUCUGCUGGUGUGUGUAUUGUAGUAUCUGGGAAAUUGUUUGAGGAAGGGAAACUUUCCUACUUUCUUAUCACGAACAAGCAAAUCAAUGGUCGUCACCGUCUGACGGCCACUUGGUGUUGUCAUCAGGCCUCUUAUUACCUGUGUAACAUAGCAGUUCAGCUCUUGAGCGCUUUUGGUCGUUUCUUUGUUUAAUGAAAUGAAUGGAUGAAGAAAGGAAAACAAUCAAUCAUUCCCUUGAUGGUGGGCAGCGGAAAAUCACGCUGAUAAUCGAGGAGGUGGUGUGGUGUUUUUUUUUUUUUUGGUGUAUAUGCUCUAUGAUGCAGUCAAGAAUUCUUUCUUGAGCUGUAUAAUCGAGUAGGUGUAGUGCAACUGAAGCUCUUUUUUUUGUUUGUUCACACUGAUGUAAACUGUAUAUAUUCUUCGAUAGGUUCUUUCUUCUUUUCUCAGUCGAGAUUAUCUCCUUCUUUUAUGUCUCUGUCUAAACCUGGUCUCGCAGAUAGACACGACUGGCGGAAGAGGGAUACGAACGCUUCGCGCUUUGGUUGGUUAUCGUUUCGUUGAAGUAUGCAUCUAACUAAA